CGAUCAACGUGAAGUCAUGAGGUGCAUGUCGGACCUCUGAUCAGAUGAAGGGAUGAUAUCAUUAAACUCAGAUUCUCAAUAGAUCUCAAGCUUGGUCGGUCACAUGGUCCUCGCCAGUGUUUAUUGGCAUGAUCUUCCCAUUGCAAACACAAAACAGAAUGUCGGGCACCCAUUCUCUUGCCCCCUCUAGAUGUCUUACUCGUGGCAUCUGCCGAGUCAGUUGUCAAAUGAAGGCAACAAUAUCAUUCGAUAGCCUUGAGUUUUCCAGACUGCAAGACCGCGCAGACUUACAGCAUGUAUGCCUCUUUUUCUUCACCUGCGAACUCGAUAGGGUUGAUGCAGCCACUAUGAAGACCAUGCGACAAAGUAGACACCUGGACGGAUGUCAUUCGAGCAAAGGAUGGGUCCCCAAAACUUGUUGGCGUGAUGUGGGGGUUUAUUGUGUGUGUGUGAAGGAGGGUGACAGCCGCGCGAAGCAAAGUUAA